AUGGCAGAAGAAGACACUUUUAAGGAUAUUCUUUCAACAUUAGCUUCAGUAUUUUCUGUUUAAUAAUUUAAUUAUUAGUAACGUAUACCUUGGACAGUAGUUUAUAAUGUUAAUCUGAAAGUGCCUGACAUUAUAAUAUUCAAGAAUGGCAGUCCAGACUCAUGUUAGAAUGAAAAAAUAAACAGAAGAGACGAUAAUUUAUUGAACCUUGAAACUGUCAAGAACUACUUCCUAAAGAAUGCGUUUGAUGAUUAAUCUGUUAUAAUACUAAGGCAAAAAGCAAAAGAUUAAUCUCAGGGAGAUUCUAAGGAGUAUCUGGUGCUAGACGAUAACUUUGUUAAAACUCAAUUUUCAACUUCAGUUUCAUAAGAUCUCAAAGCAUAAUGGGAGGCUGCUUUCACAUACCUACCUUUCAAGCAAUGUGGAGGAAUUUUCAAGGUUACUUAUGAAAGACAGAGCGAGUCCAAGACUACAGUGCAUGCUCUGAAGAGAAAUAUCUAAUUUGGAAGAAGGAAUAGUGAGCAGGAUGAGGAUAAUUCUAACUCAGAUAUGUUGAAUAAUGCUGCUGGAGCUUAUUCGAAUAAAGGAACAAGAAAUGAUAACGGAGAAUUCAUGACUGAUUCACCUAAACACUAAUCUGGGAAUAAAUUUUACAGUGUCAACAGUGGCAAUAAGAGGUCGACUUAGAUAUCCCAGUCUUCUCAAAGAUAGCCUGAGAAGAAAAAUGAUCUAGCUAAAACAAACAUAUUCACCAGCAAGGGAACUUUGCUUACAUUUAAGGGCAGAGAAAGUGGUGUCUAGAGCACAUUCAAUCAAUAAUGGAAAGAAAUUAUUCAGAGAUUUAUAUAAAUCGUAGAGUUAUUGACUUCAGUUACCAUUUAUCAACUUUCAAUCGAUGUUAUGAUUGAUGACCUUGGCAAUAGAAAGUGUGCAUGCAAAACGUUUUGUCAUUACGCAAUCGACGUGAAAACUUUGAUUGAUGAUGAUGACGAUCUAUUGCAAUUUAAUAGAGAUCGAGAUGUCUUUCUUGGUUGGAUAAAUUUUGCAGAGCAAGAAAUAUAGAAUUAAAAAACUUCAACAACUCACAAGCCUAAUUGCUUUAUAUUGCCAUUGAAAAGUAUACUAUUAGAAAAGCAUGAAAGAUAUAAUUAUCUUAAGUCAAUUGACCGUAUCAAAGAUGAUCAAGCAGGAUAAGGCAGCAAAUAUUAGAGGCCUAAAGAAUUUGACAUUAAUACCUUAGAUGGUUUAGUAAAUAUUAACGAAUUUGAGGAUCCAUUAUUAUUAUACUAAAGAGCUUGUAAUUUUCAAUCAUAAAAUUAAACUCUAAUAGAUUUGACAAUGAGUUCACUAAUGGGUCUUGAUAGAUACCAGCAUUUAAGAGCUGCAAGUUUGUAUGAGCAAGUGAAAAUCUGCAAAAACUGCUUCCUUUCCCUAACAAAAAUUGAGUUCCACAGAAGAAAACACUAUUUGAGAGAGGAGAGGAAUCUCAUGAAUAACAAUAAACAGAAUGAUUCUUCUUAUGAGGAGAUUGAAGAUGAUUCUUUAGAUCUAAAGUACUUACCAAACAAGGAGAUUAAGAAGAAAAAAUAGAAAUAUAUUGUGAUGAAUGCUCAUGAUUCGCAUCAAGUAAUUAAAAAUAGAAACCUCAAGUAUCAAUAAGCUGUAAAAGAACAAACAUUGAUUGUUAGGAAUCAAGAUGAAAGGUCUAUUAGGCAGAGGGAUGGGAAUACUGGUGGCUCUAGAAAAUAGUCUUUAGAUGUAAAUACAUUCAAUAGGCUAGAAAAGACAGGCUUACUUUCACCUGCAAAUUAUAUGCUAAAUAUAAGAAAUAACCCAUCACAUAUAGAGGGGAUCAUAGAUGAAGAGGAGCAAAUAGUACUACCUAGGAUAAUGAAAGAUAUCAAAACUGACAAGAUAUUCUUGACCAAGAAGGAAUCAGAGAUGAUGGGCAUUAAGUAUCAUCUAGGACAUACUGGAUAUCUAUAGAAAAAUCAGAGUGAAAAGAUAUUCCUAACAAAAUCUUCAAUUUCGUUAAAUAAAUUAGCUGAUUUAGCAUCAGCCGCUGAGAACAUAGAAUUUAAAUUAAAGUCAAUUAAAGAAGACACUAUUAAUCAGUAGAGUCUAUAAAGUGACUGGCUAAAGAAAGUAGAUGUGAACUUCUCGAUGCUAAAGAAGGUGACUAAGAAACACAGAUAAAGACCUACUACCAUGAGUAAUAUGAAUAAUAGGAAGGUUAACAUUGAGUCAGCUCCAGGUACUCUGAGAUUAUUUGAUAACAAUGGCCAAGUGUCCAAAUUCGAUCAUAUCUAGGGCUCUUAGAAUUAAAUAAAGAUCAGCGUAAACAGCAAUGACCAUCACUUGCAUCACCAGAUUAUAGACAAUUUAAAUAUUAAUGGAUAGCCCGAGCUACUUAACUUUGAUGAAUUCAAAUCCAAUCUGGACAACAAGAUGCUGAGCUUUUAGAGAGAACAGUUUGGGCGAACUUAGCUUAAGAUAGCAGCAACAACCAAUGACUUACCGUUUGAAAAGAGAGAAUAGAUUAUGAGAAAGCUAAACGUAAAUAAAGGGAUGAAUGGCAGUUCGAUUCCACCUACUCCUCACAGUGUGAUGUCAAGAACAGGCACUAUGUAUGGUGGGUUCAGCGGAGCUCUAAACAAAGGUGUUGGAGACCUUGCCAGGAGUAUUCCUUAAAAAUUUACCUCACAGAGAUAGAACUACGAAUCUUCAAAAUUCCUAUGA